AUGAUUCCCCGUUCCAGCAAUCACAAGCGAUCCCUCUCCUCCGGCCACAGGACACUUUCUCCUGAUAGAACAGUGACCAAGACCAAGUCCACAAAUGAUCUCGCAGCGAUUGUCACCGAGAAGCCUUCUCUUGCAGGUCGUUCCCAUAGUGCUGGAAAUUUCCCUGAUAGUGGUUUCAGCACUUUGAGGGACCCAAGGCUCGCGACCAACUCCGAGGCAUCCGACACAUCCUCGACGCCAUCCCAUCAUCCGGAUUUGAGCAGUGAGGUUGCUGCUUUGAGUGUGAAAUUGAUACAGGCGAUCAAUAAUCAGACUACACUCGACGACAACCUGGUUGCCACCCGACAGGAAUUGGAACAGGCCCAGAAUCGGAUCAAAUCAUUGGAGUCGGAAAACGAGAAGUACCGACAUGAUAUUGAGCAGGCGAUUCUUAUCAAGAAGGCCGAUGCGGAUCGUGAGAUCUCGCAGUUGAAGGCCGCUCUCGCGGAGGAGAAGGCUCAGCGCGCCAUUGUCGAGAAGGAUAAAAAGACCAUCGAACAGGAACUGGAGACUCUCACUGCAGCACUCUUCGAGGAGGCGAAUAAGAUGGUCGCAGCCGCGAAGCUGGAGCGUGAGGCGGUCGAAAAGAAGAACGAACAAUUACGCGCUCAGGUGAAGGACACAGAAUUACUCCUUGCAUCUCAUCAAGAACAGCUAGCCGAGCUUAAGUCUGUGAUGCAAGGAAUGGACCUUGCCAAGGACGAUGUUGAAAUUCGCACCACCAUUUCCACAACGCCAUCCUCGCCAGGUGGGCAUCAACAAUUACCAGGUAUAUUUACGAGGAGCUUUGAGACUGCUGAUCUUCCCGAACCAUCCUCACACCUCGAGGAAGUCGCUCCAGGCCCCUCAACCAGUUUCCCUCAUCUAUUCAAGUCAGUAUGUCGGACGGAUAUUCAGGCCUUUGAAGAUUUUCGAGAACUGUUCAGUCUAUCGAGAGCUUCGAAGCCCCCAAGCAGGGCUGCCAGUGGUUCUUACGCCGGUUUGAAUGUUAUGAGCUUAGCCAAUUUCAGCAGUGCUGGGUUCGGUUCGGCAUCUUCAUCCCCCGCCAAGUCCACUCAUUCGCCAAAUGGAAGCAUGUCAUCUCCUCAGCCGACCACCUCCCAUAUCCCACUCAAAGAAACGCGCUUCUACAAACGCGUGCUCAUGGAGGACAUUGAACCUACUCUUCGGCUGGAUGCUGCGCCCGGAAUUUCAUGGUUGACACGACGUGCGGUAUUGAGCAGCAUCUGCGAAGGAAGCCUCGUUGUUGAACCGAUCCCGCCUGCAACAAGGAAAUAUGGAUUCCCAUGUUCACUCUGUGGAGAUCGUAGACCUGGAUCUGCCAAUGAGAGAACGCAUCGCUUUAGGACGUCCGACAGUGAUACGGCUCAGCGCUAUCCAUUGUGUGUCCUUUGUCUAGAGAAGGUUCGCUCUUCUUGUGAAUUUACUGGCUAUCUACGUCUCAUCUUGGACGGUCAUAUCCGUGCGGGCGAUGCAGAGGAAGAGAAAGACGCUUGGGAAGAAACAGUUCGCUUGAGAGAGCGCAUGUUUUGGUCCCGCAUCGCCGGAGGGGUCGUCCCUACGUGUGCUCAGGCUAAUGGCCUUGAAAACUCUGGUCCUUCCCAAUCAAGACGUAACUUGGGAGACACAAUAUGCGAUGAUGAGCAAGAUCGCCUUGACGCCCCUUUUGAGACAAGUGAAACUCACGAUCAUGACAAUGACCACGGAGUUUCCGACUCCGAUUACGACAAUGCAUCCGUGAGUGGGUAUACUUCCGCAUCAGGCGUUUCUAGGCCAUUCUAUGACAGUCCCCAGUCUCAUGCUUCGGAGCAAGAAAGAGACGACUAUCUUGAACAUGGCGUGAGUCAAGUGACACUAUCUGCGACUAGUGACGAGCCCAAGUCUAUCACUCAUGUUGAGGAGUCUCUCGUUAUUCGGACCACGAAGAAUGAUGACGACCAUGAUGACGAUCGAAGCUGA